AUGGCUUCAGCUGUGACGGAGCGGGGAGAAGAGCAGAUUCCCACUUCGGUGGAUAGCUCGGCCAGAGAUUCGUCGGUGCAUAAGGAUGUGGAUGAAGAAAAGGUACCGGCGCAGGAGGCUGAUAAAUCGCCAGAGUCCGGUGAUGUUUCAGAUCAGGAGGAUGGUGAGGCGAGUGAAGGUGAACAGGGCCCAUCGAAAGAAAACGAGGGGCAACCCGCGAGCAAGCAAUCAUCACCUCCUGCUACAGAAGAAGCUCCACCUCUCCCGAACGAAGACCUCCCUCCAUUACCCUCAGAGCCCCCACCAGCUGCGACAGAGGAAGAUGAUGGAUGGGCCCCGGUGUGGGAGGAGACAGCCCAAGCUUUCUACUUCUACAAUCGGUUCACGGGCGCAACACAGUGGACAAACCCUCGCGUUCCCGAUGUCUCUCUACCAGGUCCCCCAGGUGUUGAAGCUCCCCUACCUGUCGAGACUCCUCCGGCUGCUCCCCCUUCCACAACCGGCUACAACCCAGCAAUUCACGGCGACUACGAUCCAAAUGCCUGGUACGCGCAGCCCAGUGCUCCAGAACCAGCCGCUGGCCAAGCCGUAGACCCCGCGGCCCAAUACACAGCAACUGCUGCCUUCAACAGAUUCACUGGCAGAUACCAAGCGGCGGAUCUGAACCCGGAGAACUUCAACGACGAAAACAAGAGUAAGCGGCAGAUGAACGCCUUCUUCGAUGUCGACGCCGCAGCGAACAGUCAUGAUGGAAAAAGUCUGAAGGCUGAGCGGAGUGGAAAGAAGAUAUCAAAGACCGAGCUGAAGCAGUUCAAGGAGAAGCGAAAACAGAAGAAAGAAGAGAAGCGCAGGGCAUGGCUGAGGGAUUGA